GAGUUGACCUGCAGUGAUGUAAUAUUUCAGAUAUGUGUAGCCUAGGACGGAGCGGGGUGACCCGUCUCUCACAAUGUCUGACGUUCUCCGCACCCUACUCAGUACCUGGAUCCAAACCCUGGCUUCUCACUGUUUCAACAAUACAGAGGAUAGAGAGCAGAUCCUGUAGGAGCAGGCAACCUACAGGGAUGGCAGGACAAAACUCUCCUUAUGUCAGGGUUCCAUUUUUUGACGAGAGAGGACCAGGAGUAGGAGUAGACCAAUCCUUACAGGAACGCCUGGACGAAAUUUUUCAAAAAGAAAAUAACAUAGAACGAAUUAAUAUUGGAUUUAAGAAGGUUGGAGGAGAGAAGCUGGACCGGGACCAGGUUCUCCAGUGGAGAAGAGAAACACGUAAAGACAGAGCUCUGGAGAAAGCUGCAAGAGAAGAAACUCUAACGGUUGAUCUGGGUAAGGUUCGGCAGGAGUGGAUUGAAUCCGGAGCUGUGUUCGAAGAUAUUUAUAAAUCUGCUGAACUAUACGGAAUAUAUGAAGAUUUAUUCAGACAUGGAUAUUUCUAUCCUUGUGUUGACCUGAAUAUUGCCUUCUCACUGGAGAAUGAUAUGAUGGCUCCGGUAUACCGGGGAAACAUAAUUAAACCCGGAGAAGCUGGAACCCAACCUGAAGUAUCCUGGCGGAGUAAAGACGAUGAUCUCUGGACUCUAGUUCUCACUGCCCCAGACUCUCAUUUAGUAGAGGAGGGUGCGGAGUACCUACACUGGAUGGUUACAAAUAUACGAGGUUCAGAUUUAAACUCCGGAGAGGAAAUAGCAAACUACCUUCAACCUUUUCCUCCAUUUGGAACAGGAUUCCAUAGAUUUGCUUUUGUUUUGUAUAAACAGGAGACAAGAAUAAACCUUGGUGUGAUCUCUAAACCUGAGGAUACGGUUGAGUUGGCGAAGAGAACGUUUAAUACAUUUGAUUUUUAUUCUGAGCAUCAGGAGAACCUGACUCCGGCAGGACUAGCAUUCUUCCAGUCAGAUUAUGAACCGUCUCUCAGAGAUUUCUUUCAUAACGUCCUAAAUAUGAAGGAACCUAGAUAUGAAUACGAGUUUCCUCUUCCGUUCAUUAAACCCUGGAACCAGUUCUUCGAGAUGAACAAGGCCAAGGGGUUUAACGAGUUCAUGGACAGGCAUAGGGACCCAAAGGAUAUAGAGAAGGAAGUUUUAAUUAAAAAGUUGAAGCACACCCAUCCGUUCAAAGGAGAUACAAGAGAAUUUAUGGACUAUCCUGAAGCACAUGCUGAUGAUCUUCUUGAAGUGUUCCCUGGGCCUGUUGGAGAAAAAUCUCUCAAUCCCAGACAGAGUUAUAAAAUCCCAUCCUGGAGAAGACACGCGAUACUCCGAGAACAGUCCCAGGACGGAUAUUUCAAAUCCACAAAACAUUCAGAUCUAAGACGGGAUCCACAACUUGUGGAGUAAUCAAAAUAAACACUUUUUUCGGAACUAAAAACAUUUUCUCUUCGGGUCCUGAGUAAGGCAACGUUAAUCUUAAUGUUGUUCUCAGAUUUUGGAAGUUUUGUACAUCUAGCUGAUAUAAAUAUAUGAAAAUUUUUUGGUUUUAUCAAUAACAACAUUGAGUUGUUUCAGA